CACCAGCGCCGUCCCGAGCCGCCGCGCGAUCCUCCUGACCUCGGCCCUCUCCGCCUCCCCGCGCCGUAGCGCCCCUCGAGCGGCUGCCCGCAAUGUCGACCCAGGCCGUCCCGGACACCCAGCUAGGUCUCAGCGCCGAGGAGGUCCAGCUACUGCGCCAGGGCCAGGCGGCGUUGGGAGGUGGGGGGUCCAGCAGCUCGCGCGCCGCCAGUCGGGCCAGCAGCCAGGGUCUCUUGCUUCUCGAUAGUUCCUCGCUCUCGGCGUUAGGACGGUACUUCGACCAUCUCAUGGCAAGCAUUGAGCAGCGCAUCCAACAUCUCAGCUACGAGGCCCAGAGGUUCACCCAACUGCAGUACGACGAGGCCGAUGGCAUCAUCGGUGGUGCCGACGCCGAAAUUGCCCGCUACACCGAGAUCCUCCAGCAGCUCGACGAGCUUGAAGUCGACUUCGACCGCAUCGCCCACAUCAAGGAAAUUGUCAAGGGUUACAGGUCGAGAGUUGAGACGCUGGAGCGAGAUCUCGACAGUAGUGGUUCUAGCCGGCACAGGCAUUCCUCGUCGCAUCAUUCCUCCUCCCAUCGACAUAGCCACUCCCAUCGCCACAGCAGCUCCCAUCGAUCACGGCACUGAACGAAUCACCAUCCCCUUCCUCAGCAUUCACGGCCAAAACGGCUGCUCUCCCCAUAAAGCAGGACUUAAUCCAUCCGGAUCGGGGGACGCAACACAGACAAUUGGUUUCAAGAAUACGGAUUCGCUAUUACAAAAAAAAAAGAUCUACACAGAUUGGAGGAGAAGGCGAUGUUCCUGCGCGGGUUUACACAGGACCGCCAUGCACGCUCGCACGCAUGAAGACACACACACACACACACA